AUGGAGAGCUCUGUGAAGCAGCUCUACUCGGCUCAUUUAACCUUCAUACAUCAUGAAACCAAUCUUUACUUCUGGGCCGAGUUCUCAGCGGACCAGAUUGAGGACUUCAAGGAGGCUUUCGGCCUUUUCGACAGAGUCGGUGACGCUCAGGUGGCCUUCAACCAGGUCGCUGACAUCAUGCGCGCUCUUGGCCAGAAUCCCACCAACAAGGAUGUUACAAAGAUUCUGGGCAACCCCUCCGCCGAUGACAUGGCCAACAAGAGGCUCAACUUCGAAGCUUUCCUGCCCAUGCUGAAGGAGGUGGACGCUCAACAGAAGGGUACCUAUGACGACUACGUUGAGGGUCUGCGCGUCUUCGACAAGGAGGGUAACGGCACAGUCAUGGGCGCUGAGCUGCGUAUCGUGCUGUCCACCCUGGGAGAGAAGAUGACCGAGCCCGAGAUUGAUGCCCUCAUGCAGGGACAGGAGGACGAGAACGGCAGUGUGCACUACGAGGCUUUCGUCAAGCACAUCAUGUCUGUGUAAGAGGCAGCAGGAGGAGAAGCUGCAGCUCGCUGCAGACAGCCAACGGUGUUACAACAUCUACCCGGCAACAAAGACCAACCAAGGAAAGACAAGGACUAUGUACAAGGGAUGUUGAAGCAAACCCAUCUUGUUUUUUAUUUUGUUUUUCUUUCCAUAUCGUCUCAAACCCUCCUCUCUCGGGACACCACCUCUCCAUUGUAGACCCCCAUCCCCCGCCUGGCCUCCCCCCGGGGCGCGUCUCCACCCGUAUGGGGUGAGGAACGGGGGAGGAGGGAUGGCCGCUCAUCAAGUGGGGGUCGAUCCCUCCUUCCCACCGCCACCUCAUCCAGUCACGCCAUCACUGGCCCAGCAAUGCCAAAGGUGCUGGACAAUGGUCGUGGAUAGACCGCCAAACGUCUCCCACCUCCCUGAAAAGUUUUAUUUAUUGUCACUCUGUUCAUUUCAGAAUAAACUUUUCCAACGUACAUCCCAUCUGGGUUGAUUCUUGAUCUUUUAUUGCUCACAUACGGUUAUAGAUAUGCUUUAGUAGCCUAUAUAUGAUCAUAAACUACAUGACUCUGGAGAUA